GCAGCUUCAUCGCGCCAUCAUUUGCACAUCGCUGCUAGUGGCCGGCAGGGUGGGACUUUUGUUCCCAUGGUAGCGAUGACAGAACAGAUGGCGAGGUUGCCUGUUUGGGCAACAACAGUCGAUGUCAGGCGUGUUCCAGUCCAGCUGACCUGCGCGGGGGGCAGCUGUUCGUCUCUGGACGCUGCGCGCUGCUGCCUCUUUCACUUCUGAAGCAUCAUUGUGUUCCCGAGCAGCUCCCGGAGUCCAGCGGAUACUACAGCCACCUGGGUGUGUUUUCCACAGGUUUUUCCGGUUAACUGAACUGCUUUUUUUUUUUUUAAUGCCCCAAAACAUAAACGGCACCCCUCACGCAUCCUCCUCGAGCUGCGGAUACUUGCUGGUGCCUGCAGCAUUCUUGCGUAUCCGGAGGAGCCAGUGCUUCAUAGUGAAUGGCAAGGAAUGUCCUCGUUUAUGUGUAUGUGAGAUCCGCCCUUGGUUCACCCCUCAAUCGACCUACAAAGAAGCGCCUACAGUGGACUGCAAUGAUUUGAGGCUGGCACACAUCCCCACUAACCUGUCAGCAGACACCCAGGUGUUACUGCUUCAAAGCAACGCCAUCUCCCACACCAGCGGAGAGCUACAGGCCUUGUUCAACUUAACAGAGCUGGACCUAUCCCAGAACAACUUCACCAAGGUAGAAGCAGUCGGCCUCAGAAAUAUGAACCAUCUGACCACCUUGCACCUAGAGGAGAACCAGAUCAGUGAACUGCCAGACCAUUGUCUGGGAAACCUCUCCAGCCUCCAGGAGCUCUACAUUAACCACAACCAGAUAAGCUCCAUCUCCCCUCGAGCAUUUGCAGGCCUGAGCAGCUUGUUGAGGUUGCAUCUCAACUCCAACAAGCUCCAUGUUAUUGACAGCCGUUGGUUUGAUGAAACACCUAAUCUUGAGAUCCUCAUGAUUGGAGAGAACCCAGUUAUUGGCCUCCUGGACAUGAACUUUAAGCCUUUGGGGAGCUUGAGGAGUCUAGUUCUGGCAGGCAUGGAUCUCACUGAUGUUCCAUCGAAUGCUUUUGUAGGUUUAGAUAACCUAGAGAGUAUUUCUUUCUAUGACAACAAACUAGUCAGAAUCCCUCAACUCUCCCUUCAAAAAGUUCCCAAUCUAAAGUUCUUGGAUCUAAACAAAAAUCCUGUUCACAAAAUUCAGGAAGGAGACUUUCGAAACAUGCUACAUCUUAAAGAGCUGGGCAUCAACAAUAUGAUGGAAUUAGUGUCUAUUGACCGCUAUGCUCUGGACAACUUACCAGAGCUGACUAAGCUGGAAGCCACCAACAACCCGAAGCUUUCUUAUGUCCACAGAUUAGCGUUUAGGGACAUGCCCUCUCUGGAGAGCCUGAUGCUCAACAAUAAUGGUCUUACUGGUCUUUACCAACAUGCUGUGGAGAUGUUGCCUAACCUACGGGAGAUCAGUAUUCACAGCAAUCCUUUGCGCUGUGAUUGUGUCAUUCAAUGGAUGAGCUCCAACAAAACCACUGUGCGCUUCAUGGAGCCUUUGGCCAUGUUGUGCAUCUCCCCACCAGAACUUAGAGGCCAGCGGGUUAGAGAAAUUAAGCUGCUGGAGUCACCUGAGCAGUGUCUUCCCCUCAUAUCCCACGACACCUUUCCAAGCCAUCUGAACCUUGAGCUGGGCAUGAGUGUCAGUCUAGAUUGCCGUGCAAUGGCUGAACCAGAACCUGAAAUCUACUGGGUGACUCCCCUAGGUAUCAAAAUAACAACAGACACUGUCUCAGAGCGCUAUCACCUGAGCAAUGAGGGGACUUUGAGGCUUUCUCAUGUGCAAGUGGAAGAUUCUGGUCGUUACACAUGCGUGGCACAGAACACGGAGGGUGCUGACACAUGGGUCGCUACCAUCCGCGUCAAUGGUACCCUUCUAGACAGUGCUCAGGUGAUGAAAAUCUUUGUCAAGCAAACGGAGUCUCAUUCCAUCCUUGUCUCCUGGAAAGUCAACUCCAAUGUCAUGUCCUCCAACCUGAAAUGGGCCUCAGCUACGAUGAAAAUCGACAACCCACACAUCACCUACACGGCUCGCGUUCCUGUAGACGUCCAUGAGUACAACCUCACGCACCUUCAGCCUGCCACUGAGUACGAGGUAUGCCUCACAGUCUCCAACGUUCACUUACAGACGCACAAGUCUUGCGUCAAUGUGACGACACGCGGCGCUACGUUCGCACUCGACCUGUCAGACCAGCACCCGAGUGUGGCUGUGCUGGCAGUCAUGUCGACUAUGUUGGCCUUCCUCAGUCUGGCCACCGUGGGAAUCUUCAUCACUCGCAGGUGGAAGAGAAAAAAUUACCACCACUCCCUGAAGAAAUACAUGCUGAAGACUUCUUCCAUUCCCCUUAACGAGCUCUACCCUCCACUCAUUAACCUGUGGGAGGCUGAUGGAGACAAAGACAAAGAUGGGAGCACAGAGGGGAAACCUUCCCCUGUCGACACCACCCGUACUUAUUACAUGUGGUGA